UCCAUCCACACAUCCAUCCUCCAACUUCUCCCUUUAGCUCAUGGCACAAGCCAAUCUGGUGAAGGUACUAGACGUUUGUAGGGUUGCUCCUAUGCCUGAUCACUCCCCCAACUCACCCACCCAAACAUCGCUUCCUCUUACAUUUUUCGACCUUUUUUGGUUGAGAUUACGUCCGAGUCGGCGCUUAUUCUUCUAUGAAUUCCCCGUUCCAAAAACAACACUCACAGAUACCAUCCUUCCCAAACUAAAACACUCCCUAUCGGUCACCCUACAACACUAUCUACCACUCGCUGGAAAUCUCACCUGGCCUCAGGAUUCCGACAAACCAAUUGUCCAAUACAAUGAAGGCGAUGCAGUUUCACUUACAGUAGGAGAGUCUGAAGACAAUUUCUACCAUCUCUCAGCAAACGGUUUCCGCGAAGCCGAUAAAUAUCAUCAUUAUGCACCGUACUUACUGGCAUCUAAAACAAGAGUACCAGUUCUAGCCUUGCAAGUGACUCUUUUUCCAAACGCAGGCUUUACCAUUGGUUAUGCCGCCCAUCAUGCGGUAUUCGAUGGGAAAUCCAUAACCAUGUUUAUGCAUUCAUGGGCCUCUAUUUGCAGGCGUGGUGGAGACUCAAUUCUAAUGCCUGAACCAACUCCGUUCUAUGACAGGACCAUAGUCAAUGACCCAUCCGAUAUAGAAAAAGCUUACCUAAAUGGCUUGUUGGCACAAAAUGGACCUAACAACAGAAGCCUAGAGAUGUGGGACUUGAAAGCUCCACCAGAUGUUAUGUUAGGCACAUUCCAACUGACACAAGCAAACAUAGAGUGUAUUAAGAGGUGGGUGAAAUCUAAAUGGCAAGAGAAACAUACAGAGAAACCAUCUUUUCAUCCAUCCACUUUUGCAGUAACAAUUGCCUACACAUGGGUUUGCUUAGUUAAGACCCGCAAAUUAACGGCCGAGAAAGUUCAUCUUUUCAUAACCGUUGACUGUAGGGCCCGCUUGGAACCUCCCAUCCCUUCUACCUAUUUCGGUAACUGUAUAACAGGUUGUGUCAUAGAUGGAGAUACGAGCAAGUUGAUGGCAGAAGAUGGGGUUGCCAUAGCAGCUAGGGCAAUUGGUGAAGCUAUAGGAGGAAUGGAUGAUGGAGUUCUAAAAGGAGCAAAAGAGAUGAUACCUAAAUUGCUUUCUAUUAGGAACGAGGGUGGUUUGUUGAUCAGUAUCGCAUCCUCGCCUCGGUUUGAGGUCUACAAAAUUGAUUUUGGGUGGGGGAGGCCAAAGAAGGUGGAGAUCGUAUCAAUAGAGAAAAGUGGAGCUAUAUCUCUUUCAGAUUCCAAAGAUGGCAACGGUGGGGUUGAGAUUGGGGUAGCGUUGAAUAAACAUGAAGCUGAAGCAUUUGCUUCUUUGUUUGCAAGUGGUCUCAAAUAUCAUCAAGUCCAAGAAAGUUGAGAGAGUGGGGACAAAAGAGUUUCAAGAGGACAGUCUAGGAAUAUGCAUAUUCUUGUAUAAAAUUAGAAUACGCCAAAGGAAUCUCAUGUAAUGCAUCUGGAUGUAUGUAUGAAAAUUGAUCUUUUGUUUACUAAAAAUGUGCUUUGGAUGCUGAAGCAACCCUGCACAUAUCAUCUUCAUCUAACGGUCUCUCUGAUCUUCAUGGAUUAGCAUAUAUAUCUAAUUUUUUUCAAAA